CCUUCAACUCUCCCUCCGCUCUAUCGUUCAAUUCAACUAACCAACUAAACGGUAAAGACAGGAGCAUCUAUAUAAAUCGCAAUAAAAAACAUCCUCCUAUCUUCCCAUCGAUCACCACUCAUAUCCACUCUGGUCCAGGCAAGUCUCACUUUCCUCUACGUACUCCUUCAUAAAGACUCCAAUUUCUUGUAGCCUCCACUCCGUAUUACCCCUUUGACUCUCCCCACACUGCUUCCGACGGAUACAUUAUUUCCUUCCGUGGAUGCGUUAAUAUAAAGCGCAUCUCCGAAACCUUUUUCCAAACAAAUGAAACAAUACCCGGAGCAUGCCGAGCAGCAUCCAUUAUUUACAACUGGUACGAUCAGCGACUACCAAGAUCCGGGUCGGGUUACGCGAGACUGAUUCGGACAUGGGCACGCCAUCCACCACCCUUCGAUUCAAUGAACCCGGUUCCUAAUAGUUGUCCGAAACAUGGAUCGUGCCCUCUUUACCGCUGUCUCUUUGGGCUUCUCAUCCGGUCUACCGAGCUACCCACCACGCUACAUUCUCGGUGACCCGCUGUACCCGGAGAAAUCUAGAAUGAAAACACCACCUUCAAGAACUGAUUCCAAGUUUACCGAUAGCACCGAAUAUAGAUAUCUCCCUAGCCGUCCAACAGUCAAACCCGAUGAUAGUCUUUCCGGUGGUUAGAGCGGCUCGCUUCGCCAUGCCGGACCCAAACCCCAACCAAGAUCGACCAGUUACUCUGGGAGACUGUUUGUCACAUGUGAACUCCCACCCCCGGCCCCUCGCAAUCUCCAUAAUCAAUUCCCUAACCCUAGCCUAUAUCCCACGAUCGCGUUCGCUACCACUUUCCCUAGUGCUCUCCGAGUUACCUACAGAUUCUUGUUUUCGGUGUGGUGGCUGCGGUGUGCACCUAUCACCUCCCCCCCGUUGCGUUGGGAUGCCCUAUAUUUCCAGACUUCUGCGCAAGGGCAUCUGGGAAGGAUUGUGGCAUCGUGGCAAGCAACGGAGCACUCCUGCAGGAUAGACGCUUAACUGCUCAUGGGCCAUCGCAACACCUAAUAUGUAGUAUGGUCCCGCAGGACUCUACAGACGUGGGGUAUUCAAAGAUUGAACCGAGGGAAGCUUGUACGCUUUUCCCCAUGUUUGAAAGGAAGCCACCUGACGGCGAGCGAGGAGGGAUUGCCAGCAAAAUAAAUUUGUCUGUCCAGUGUACUUGAUAUGGCUGAGUUGCCCAGCAAUCUUGGGCUAUUUAUUUCGCAAGCCUAAUGAUUUCCCCAGAUUAUCAUUUAUUAGUGUAUUCUAUAUUGAAUCUGACACAAUAUACCGGUAUUUGGAAUCCGUCACCGACCGAUUACAAACUUCAUAACCCACUAUCCAACUAGCAGUCAUGAUCACCGAGGUGCAUCGGUAAAGAGAUACCCAGUCUUCAAGAGGUGGUCCUGUCGUUCUAGGCAUUGAGUCCUCCUGUCAGAGCUUGUCGGGGCCCGAACGGAUUCUACGAGUACUUGGGUACGAAAAUGUUGAAGGUUCUAGCUUGAUGUUGGUUGAUCGAGAUAGAUUGUGGAGAUUCCGGGAGUCUGGCGGAGAGUUCAGGGGCUCAAUGGAUUGGUGUGGAGGUUCAGAGAUUGACAGGAGAUUCUCCAGACAUGUCUUUCCUUUGUUAUCACGGGAGUGUAUGGAGGAAAGGGUAGCAUGCUUGGAUAGAUACGGAUAGGUGUCAUGAUUCAUGGAAUGGCCAGGAUACAUUGUUUACGUUUUACUUAUACACCAGUCUUCGCCAUUAGUUUAGAACCGAACGAACAAAGUUGUUUGUUCC